UUCGCGGUGGUGCUGGCGGACGCCACAUUAAACAGCCACUCCAACCGACGGAUGUAAAAAAUAUAUAGCCGAGAAAUAAAAGUACACAUUUCUAAUUCCAAGUGAUAAUUUAAGGCGUUAUUGGUGCGGGUAAAACGUUUUUUUUUAACGGGACGUUGUCGGUUUGUAUAAUAUGAUGUAGCAGCUCUCGUUUGGCGAGAGCUAGCUAGCGAGCGAGCGUUAGCAUCGUGCGUAUCGAGGCCCCGGCUGAAUGUGAGCACAAAGGCAGCGCCCCCACCGCACGCCUCGUUCCGGAACAAUGUAUCCUUCGUGGGGGAACUAUGGUGCGCCCCAGUCGCAAAACUACUCAGCGCCCGGGCCGGGUAAGCUCCCGGGCGGAGGCCACGCAGGCCCGCCGACGGGUUUCGGCUCUUUACAGGCCCCGUCGAGCGGCUCCAUGUUCUCGAGCCUGCAGGAGCAGCACCUCCAGCAGAUGCAGCAGCUCCAGAUGCUGCACCAGAAGCAACUCCAGAACGUGCUCCAUCCGAAUAGCGCACCACCGUCCUUUGGUGGCGGACUCUCGGGGGGGGGCUACUCGGCGCCGACCUGGCAGUCGACCGAAGCGGCUCCUUUGGACCGAAGCACCGGCAUGCACUCCCACAUGAAAGGAGACAACGCCGCGAUACAGCCGGACCACUCGCAGCCGCCUCCAAUUUCUUUAUACACGCACAAGAUGGAACCUAAAGCGGCUCCUCCGCCUGAGAGCCAGUCAGUUAAGGACGCCAACGCUGCUCCGGAUGCAAAAGCGAAGGACCCAGUCGGUAAAGACAAGAACUCCACUUUGCAGGAUCAGCAGCAACUAUGGUACAAGCAACAUCUAGAGAAUCUGCAGAAGUUAAGGCAAGAGAAAGCCAAGCCCAAUCAAAAUAAUGCAGAGCCCCCCAGCAGCCAAGCCAUGCAGCCGCCUCCUCCGUCCGAGCCUCCCAAAGGCGAGCCUCCGCCUCCCCCUCCGAAGGAGGAGCAACCGGCGCCGCCUCCGCCCCCUGAGCCGGACAAAAAGCAAGACCCGGAAGAGGCGGCCCGACUCCAGCAACUCCAGGCUGCGGCGGCUCAGUGGCAGCAGGUUCAGCAGCAGAGGGUCGGCUUACAUUAUCAGGCUCUCAUGCAGCAGCAUGAAAAGCUUCAGCAAAUACUGGAAAAGUAUCAGCCGCUUAUUCAGCAACCUUCAAACCUCGAGUCAAUGUCUCCCGAGAUGCAGCUGAGGCAUUACGAAAUGCAAAAGCAGCAGUUCACGCCUCUUUUCCGAGAUUGGGAGCUUACCUUCAAGCUGUGGUCCGAGCAGUUCCAAACGUACCCGCACAAAGACCAGCUGCAUGACUAUGAGAGCCAGUGGAAGCAGUGGCAGGAUCAGAUGAAUGCCACCAACGUCCACAUUCAGGAGACCAUCGUUGCGCUCACUGCCAUGGUGCCCUACGCCGCCAUGCACUAUAACAAUGCAGCCAUGGCGCAGUAUGGCGCUUACCCGGGACAGGACAUGCGAAUUCCACCACCUUCCAUGACUCAGCCGCCGCCAUCCAUGACUCAGCCGCCGCCAUCGAUGACUCAGCCGCCGCCAUCGAUGACUCAGCCGCCGCCAUCGAUGACUCAGCCGCCGCCGCCGAUGACUCAGCCGCCGCCGCCGAUGACUCAGCCGCCGCCGUCGAUGACCCAGCCGCCGCCGUCGAUGACUCAGCCGCCGCCGCCGAUGAACCAGCCGCCCCCGCCGAUGAACCAGCCGCCCCCGCCGAUGAACCAGCCGCCCCCGCCCAUGACCCAGCCGCCCCCGCCCAUGACCCAGCCGCCCCCGCCCAUGACCCAGCCGCCCCCGCCCAUGACCCAGCCGCCCCCGCCCAUGACCCAGCCGCCCAUGACCCAGCCGCCCCCGCCGAUGACCCAGCCGCCCAUGACCCAGCCUCCACCACCAACGACUCAGCCACAAAUAAGUCAGCCACCACCAACGCCUCCUGCGGUUGCUGCCAGUCUCACAUCCCAAGCGCCACCUCCCGGUCCUCCGCCCGGCCCUCCGCCGGGUCCUCCGCCGGGGCCCCUCCCGCACACUUCAACUGCUGGACUCCCACCCAGAGGAAGCACCCCCUCUGGAAUGGCAGCCAAGUGUCCUGUUAAUGUUCCGCCACCCAACUACAACAACAUUGGGGGCCCAAGCGGAUUCAACCAGCCAACGACGUUUGACGGACCUCUAAGAUUUGGUCAGCGUUUUGAUCGUCCCCCUCCGUUUCAGCCACCUCAACAGCGCUUUGACGGUCCUCCUCGGUUUAACCAACCCAGGAUGGGCUUUAAUGGGCCUUCUGGGUUUGAUCAGCCCCGCCAGAGCUUUGACGCUUCGCCUGGUUUUCAGCAACCCGCUUCACGUUUUGACGGGCCUCCCAGGUUUGACCAGCCCAAGCAGCGCUUUGACUCUCCUUCCAGAUUUGACCAGCCGCCCCCCUUCGCCAAGCGCUCUCGAUUUGACCAACCCCCUAGACAGGCUUGCCCGCAGCCUGCCGUCAAAGGCCCAGCAGUUCCGCCACCAAAAAAGGAAGAACCCCCGUCUCAGGCCCAACAGGGCCCCACGCAACCUGUCAGCGAGGACUCUUCCUUAAAAGCAGUUGCAUUGCCUCCAACUGACGAGCAAAACCACACAAAGAAUUUUAGUAAUGGCCCCACGGACAAAGACACCAUCGAUGACCUGGUGGAAAGUGGCGGAUUUUUUCUUCCUAGCGAACCAAUACCUCAGAACAAAAAUGCACGCGCUGAGGAAGAUGAUUCUAUGGACAUUUGCAACUCCCCCAAACAAGUUGAAAGCGAUUUAAGCCAGGCUGCUGCUGCUCCUGCUGCUGCUCCUGCUGCUCCUGCUCCUGCUCCUGCUCCUCCUCCUCCUCCUGUGAAAUCACAGCAAGUCAAUUCACCAAAUAACCUUCAAUCGAACGGCCCGUCAAACAGCAGCGCUCCCGCCUCCCAAAAACAAGAGGAGGAGCAAGCGCCUACAGAAGCGCAAUUAAGACCGGAACCUGGAGGUCCUUUCCCAAAUAGAGGACGAGGUCAGCCCAUGCAAGGCAGAGGACGAGGGCAGAGGGGACACAGAGACUUCAGGGGGCAAAACACAGGAGCCCCUGUAGGGGAGUCUGACAAAAUGCCUCAUGAAUUUAUGCCUCCUGAGGGAGAAUGUUAUCAGGCGCAAGAGGACUGUCACUGGCAGGAUCCACCAUACGAGGAGUUUGGCGAGGCUGAGGAACCAGCUGAAGAAAUCUGGAUGCCAGAGGAGCAUCACUUUGGCGCAGAGGAAGAGUAUUACGAAGAACCCAUGCAAGGACCUCUCAGAGGUAGAGGUGGGCCAAUGAUGAGAGGACAUUUUCCCAUGGCCCGAGGAGGACCACCAAUGGGUAGAGGAGGGCCACCCAUGAUGGGUCGAGGCGGACCCAUGAUGGGUCGAGGCGGACCCCCGAUGGGCCGAGGCGGACCCCCGAUGGGCCGAGGGGGCCCGCCCAUGGGUCGAGGGGGGCCGCCCAUGGGUCGAGGAGGCCCGCCCAUGGGCAGAGGUGGGCCGCCUAUGGGUAUGACAGGACCGGACAUUGCUACAGGUCCACCCAUGGGCAGAGGCGGGCCUAUGGGCAGAGGUGGUCCGCCCAUGGGCAGAGGAGGUCCACCCAUGGGGAGAGGAGGUCCGCCCCUGGGAAGGGGCUGUCCGCCCAUGGGAAUGGGAGGUCCGCACAUGAGUAGAGGAGGUCCACCCAUGGGAAGGGGUGGUCCGCACAUGGGGAUGGGAGGUCCACACAUGGGGAGGGGGGAACCUAUGGACAGUCAAUGGGACGAAACAGGGCCAGCUGAGUACCAUGAAGAAGAGGAACCUUGUUGGGGGGAUGGGGGCCCUCCAAUGAGAGGGAUGAGACCUCCAUUUCCGCCGAACCGCGGUCGUCCACCCCGCGGCCAUCCUGGAUUCAUGCGGGGUCGGGGACUCCCGCCGCACCUAGCGCACGGGCCAGUCGAGGAAGAGUCGUUUGGCUACGGUAGGGAGUCUACCGAUAUGGGCAUGGAGCAACCGGGUCCUUACAUGGGCCACGGGGAUGGUCCUCAUAACUUAAUGCACGCCGGUGCAAGACGAGGCAGGUGGGCACCUCCUCACAAAGUCAUGGAGCCUGAUGAGGAGCCGUUUUAUCAGGAAGAGAUGGAGCCCGAUCAAGACUGGCGGCCACCCUACGGGAGGUGUCCUCCAAUGCCGCACGAGCUCCUCGAAAGAGGUGGCGAAAUGAGGAGACGACCUAUGGGUCGUGGGAUGGCCAGAGGCGCGAUGAGGCCCGGUAUGCCGCACGAAGAGGGGGAGGAAUACGCUUUUGCUUUCGUCGAUGACUACGGCCGCCAAGAAGAAGACCGUCACCGGAGGCCGCCUCACUCCGACGACCCUCGAAACGAAGGCCGGUUCUUCAACCCUGAAUGGGACAGAGAGCAUUCGCCGCGAGACCGAGAGCAUCCACCUCCACCCCCGGAGCACUACCGGGACGAGCGCUGGCUUGAGGACAGAGAGCGAGGCCCCCCGCAUCGUCCCUUUGAAGAGUACGACCAUAGAAGAGGCGAGAUCAGAGUUCACGAUUACGCAGAGGAGCCGCCGUCCCGACCGGAAGAUCUGCCACGUCCUUCCGAAUGGGAUCGGCCUUCUAGAUUCGAGCCGCCGGCAGAAAGAGCUUUCCCCGUCUAUCGUGACGGCAGAGACGAAGCUCCUCUGGAAAGAGCCCCGCUUCCAAAUGAACCUGGCGGAAACCCGCCAGAGUCUUCUGGCGACAUGCACGGAGGGAAUCUGCUGGCUCUUUCCCAGCGGCAGCAUGAAAUCAUCUUAAAGGCCGCCCAGGAAUUGAAACGCCUUCGGGAGCAGCAGGAGGUGAAAAGCGAUCCUACUUCUCAGCACACGCUUGUUGACACCUUACCUGACCUUCCCGCCGGGAUUCUGGGUUUGGAGAUCCCGACCGAUGUCCGAAAUGCGCUAAAGGUGAACAUUGGACGACCGAAGCCAUCUCUGGUGUUUGGACCGCACUCCGAUUGUUGUCCUUUGCAGGGCAUGAGCUCAUCUGCCCCGACGGCCGUAUCGCAGCCUUGGGAUCCCAAUCCCGCCGCGUCUGUGCCCACGCUGAUUCCAAAGACUGUGGAUUACGCCCACGGACACGAACCCGGUACCACUGUGGAGAGGAUCGCUUAUGGUGAGAGGAUCGUGUUGAGGCCCGACCCGGAUCGCUGCUAUGAAAAAGAACCUCUCCGAGAUCCUUACAGCAGGGACCCCUAUUACGACAGACGACCGGACCCUUACAUGGAGCGCCUGGAGUUCAGUCGAGAAAGAGAAUUCUACAGAGAAGCCCCUCGGCAAGAAUAUGAACGGGAACGAUUCGGGCGGGAACGAUACCCUCCGAGAGAUCGAGACGAUAGGCCCCCUCAUCGUCCGGGCUACCGGGAACGAGACCUGGACUUUCGAGAGAGGGACCGGAGCGGCAGCCGCGAUCGGGAGGACCCUUUCGGGAGGCCGGCCUACGAAAGGCCGCCACCCUUUGAGCGCACCGGACACGAGCGCGGCGGCGGCGGAGGGCCCGAGCGCUACGGACAUACCUCCUCUCCCUUUGACCGAAGAAGCUACCCUGAGGAGCGAGGCCCCCCCCCGGCAACGCCGCAGCCAGCGCCCCCUGUGGAGAAGAAGCCCGAGAUCAAGAACGUGGACGAUAUUCUCAAGCCCCCCGGAAGGCUGACGCGGCCCGAGAGGAUUGUCGUCAUCAUGAGAGGACUCCCGGGCAGCGGAAAGAGCCACGUCGCAAAGCUCAUACGGGAUAAGGAGGUGGACUGUGGCGGCGCCCCACCAAGAGUUUUGGUUUUGGACGACUACUUCAUGACAGAGGUUGAGAAGACCGAGAAAGACCCAGACACGGGCAAAAGGGUCAAAAGGAAGGUCCUCGAGUACGAGUACGAGCCGGAGAUGGAGGACACCUACCGCGGCAGCAUGCUCAAGACCUUCAAGAAGACCCUGGAUGAUGGCUUUUUCCCUUUCAUCAUCUUGGACACCAUCAAUAACCGGGUCGGGCAUUUUGAUCAGUUCUGGAGCGCUGCCAAAACCAAAGGCUUCGAGGUCUACAUCGCCGAAAUCAGCGCCGACGCCCACACUUGCGCAAAGAGAAACAGCCACGCGCGCACGCUGAAGGAUAUCCUCAAGAUGUCCAACACCUGGGAGUCCACCCCUCGUCAUAUGGUGCGUUUGGACGUGCGAGCCCUGCUGCAGGACGCCGCCAUCGAGGAGGUGGAAAUGGAGGACUUCCAUCCCGAGGAGGAGCCCAAGGAAGCCAAGAGAGAGGAGGAGGAAGACGGGGAUCGGGGCUACAUUCCAAAAAGCAAAUGGGAGAUGGACACGUCGGAAGCCAAACUCGACAAGCUGGACGGUUUGGGGAUCGGCAGCAAGAGAAAGCGUGACGCCGCUCACACGGCAGGCAUGGAGGACUACCUUCAGCUGCCCGAUGACUACGCCACCCGCAAGUCUCAGCCCGGGAAGAAAAGGGUGCGGUGGGCCGAUCUGGAAGAGCAAAAAGACGCCGACCGCAAGCGUGCCAUCGGCUUUGUGGUGGGCCAAACGGACUGGGAAAAAAUGACAGACGAUAGCGGGCGCCUUGCCCAGAAAGCGCUCAACCGUACAAAAUAUUUCUGAAGCAUCCCCACCGUGGCUCUUUUGUUUGUCGGACUCGAAGAUGUCGGGACGCUAACACAGGAGACUCUUCAAUCAAUUCUUUUGUUCUCCUUGACCAGGAUGGCUUUUGUUUUAGGUUGAUUUUUAGGUCCGCAUUCCGCUAGUUGUGUAUUCAGACAGGCCUUUUUGAUGUUUUAUAUCUGUAACCGUUUGUUUGUUUGUUUCUCGGACCAUGUACGGAAACAAUAAAAUUUCACACACUUGGCCAA